UGUAAGAUCUGCCGGACUACCUUGCGCAGUAGCACAUGCGCAGAAGCUCCGCCCCCCGUGACUUACCAUUCGUUGCCGCAGAAAGUUUUCCGCGGAUAUAGAGCGCGUGGAAACUAUAUUUUUUUUUUAGUCCGCAUAAAUAACGACAGCAGCGCGCCGUUGGCAUGUACGUUAUACGUUCCACAACGUUUCGGCAUAUCGUGGCCGUUGGAGACAUCCGUCAGAGCCGUGAGUAAGGAAUUCCCAGUAUACUGCGACUUUUCGCGACUCGUUAGAUCCUCUAAUUCCUGGAGAGCGAAGUGUUUGCCAUACGAGAGUCGUUAAUCAGAUGAGCCUCCGAGACUUGCGUCUGCGCGUCCACCAAGAAGUGCAGGCCUUGGACGCGCAGCUGAUCGACCACGAUGUAGCGUCGAGCGCCACAGAGCUCGACCUCACAAACUGCAUGCUCACCGACCCGGACGAACUGUACCGACGCAUAAGCUCGCUCUCAAGGCUCCGUUCCUUAUCGUGCGUCGCCUGCAUGCUCAGGCCUUGCGAUCUGCUCAUACUGAUGCUGACGAAGCUUCCGAGUCUCGUGGAACUCGAGUUCUCGCUCGUGGGCGAAACGGGAGUGGCCUGGCAGAUCGACAGCAUGCAAGAGAUCGCGUCGCUGAAUCCGGGCACCGCGGCCCGCAACCUCCGCUUCAUGUACGUGGAAAUCGGCGGCAACGAAAACUUCGAGCUCCUCCGCGGGCUCCUGCAUCACUGCCCGAACCUGACCACGUUGCACGUACACUUCGUACGCGGAAUCUUCUGCGACGCGCUCACACAGUACCGCUGCAUCCUCGCAGGGCGCUCCCGUUUGAACGCGUUCGCCUUCACGUCCGAAUUGACGCCGACUUCCGUCGAAUAUCGACCGACGGGGCCGCUCGAGUUCUCGAGUUACGCCAACUUCUGCGCCAACGUCGCGUACCAGAGGUACUCCGACUCCUGGAGCUGCGUCCGAUUGGGCGACAUGGCAAACGACUGGGCAAGCGGCCGCAACCUGCCGUCGCAGCUUGUCGUGGUCACCACUGACGACGAAGACCUAAUGGCGGGAUGGAUCUAUCUGGCCUGCUUCAGACACGUCUGGAGCUUCGUCCACCAGCUCUGUCUCCUGAAGCUCCCGAGCACGAACGGGCAGACGGCAGCCAGCGCCAGGUGCCGCGACUCUCUGCGCCACUUCUUCUCCGCCAUCAGGAACAUCGUCGAGCUUAACGUCAGCUCGUUUCACUUCGGCCCCGACCUCGACCUGACGGAACUUCUCCAGCGAGACGCGCUGAGGUUCCUGCAGGCGCUCUCCGCGUCACCCUGCGGUCUUAGACACCCACACGCGCUGCAGGGUUUGGCCGAUAAGCGCCCCGGCAUUGAAGACCUGGACUUGCGCGUGGACAGGCGGGGCGGCUUGGUCCGGUGUUCCGUCUGCGAGUCCGAGUUCUGCCUCGAAGCCGAACAGAUGCAGUCCUUUCGAGAUGCCGGAAAGCAUUCGCAUUAUCACCGAAAACUGGCCAGAUUGACCAUUUGCGACGUGCCGAAGCUGGCCUCUCUGCUAUUCCUCGAGGCCUGCAAUGUCGAUACAGUGCGCCUUUGCCACUGUCCUGGUACGCUGCUUCCGGAUUGCGUGCGCUUGGGCCAGCUGCUCGCCAAGAACGGCGCGCUGCGCUUCUUGUUGCUUCGGGACGACGCUCUGCCGCUUGGCGAGACGUCUCUGCUGGCUAGCCUGUCCCUCAUCGCCAGCCUGGAGUACCUUUGCCUUCUCUCUGCGAAGCCAGUUUCGCAUAACGUGGCCUGCACGUUUGUGCUAGAGCUCGCUGCCAAGCUGUCGCAGCUGAAGUGUCUGCACGUCCACUACCGGGUCACCGACGACGGAGCCGAGCAGCGAGUCACGUGGGUUCGACGAGAGGGCGCUGCGAGCGGUGGCGAUGCCGGUUCUGUCUUGAUUCGAAACGGCGCCUGCGUCCUGUGCUCCACCGCCACAUUUAUAGGGCUCGUCAAGCCGCGUAACCGUGCUUUACGGGUAGGCCUGUAAAGAGAAAGCGUGCGGACACUACGUUAUUCGAAGUUUCUCCCUUCUCUAUCUUAUCGUACCACCGCCCGAUUCUUGGCCCGUCGAACUUUGUGGAUCACGUGUGCCAAGGUUCAAAGGAGCGUCGUCAUCCCCGUCAUCGUCAACAAGCGAUCCCUGUAAGGUUCGCUGUUUGCUUUACUAUAGUGUUCUCUUGAUCUAUUCAAAACGUAUCGUUGGUGAGUCUUUUUAGAUUUGCCUAUUUUGCUCACUUUGACCACAUUUGACCACGCCGGUGUGCGUACACGGGCACAAUGCGUCACUCGGAUGCCGUUUAGGCAAUCAAAUUCCUUAAUUCGUGGAAGGAAUUAGUCCAUGUGGGCUCCACAUUGUCCAGCGAAGAGGCAAGAAGUGAAGCAUGCGUUUUCCUCGUGGGCACACUAUAGGCGCGUGCCACAGAAGCCAAUUCUAUCUGCGCUCCUUGCUUUAUUAAUUUACAAUAUCUACAUCCCACAUUAUCUUUUGCCCAAACUAGCCAGGAUGUCGAACUGCACAUUGAUGCCGAUGAGCAUUCUCUUUUUCGCCUGAUCGCGGUACAGUGCACCGAACUUGGCAAUCUUACUUGUGUGACCUCGAGUUAUGGCUUGACGGGCUGUCUUUUUCUCGUGAAUAUUGCAUAAUCGGAGGUUGUUUCUCUCGCAUAUUCGUGUUCGAUUUAAUAACGCUCCUACUGUUUUCUAUACUUGCGUCGUAACCUCUCAUCCACUUCCCUUUGUCCCGUCGUCGAGUGUAGCAGCCCAGAGGAGUCAACCUCAGGCCCACUUCUCUGCCAUUUAUGAGUUGAUUUUUUUACGUAUGACUGUUGCCUACGGGCAACAAACCAGAAAACUAUUUUUAGUUACCGAGCUUUAGCUAAUAGCGCGGUGUGUGGCUAAAAAAAUGUAGUCGGCCAACACUAUAGCUUGUGGGCAGCAGCGUCAUUUGCUGUAUUAGGGUGGGAACAGAGGACGGCGAAGAAGUUUUGGCACGCGCUCGUUCUUUCCGCUACCUAAAUCUUAUAUUACCACUACAGUUGCCAACCGUCGUCUCGAAUUCAGCGGGACAGUCCAGGCGCUUUUGAUGACAUGUCCCAUGUCCCCACUUUACCCGGUCGGGAGGGCAAAAUGUCCCGACUUUUGCUGCUUUUUUGUGUGUGCUGGAUGAAGAAUAAAUCGACCAGAUUUUAUCU